AUGUUAAAAAAGAGAGAAAAAAAAACUGGUGGUGGUAUAGUGGAGACAAUGGAUUCUAGUAAUUCAAAUCAGAAGAUAUGUGCUAUGAUACCGGCACAAAUGAACCCUCUGCAGAAUGAUUUUGAUAACGAUAUCGAUUUCCAUCAAGAUAGCUUCACUUUGGCUCAGCCGACGUCAGAAUCAGAUGAAACAUCGGAUGAAGAUUUCUCUGAUAUUGUAUUAGCUCCAAUCAUAGAUCAAUUGAAACGUCUACUAGAACAAUAUUCAGAUGGACAGAUUAUUAAGGAACUGAUACAAAAUGCUGAAGAUGGUGGAGCUACAGAAGUUAAGUUUCUAUACACUGGUAAAAAACAAGAAGAAAUUAAAUAUUCUAAAAAGACAUGGAAAGAAACACCAAUUAAAAUUGCGAUGCAGGCACCUGCUCUAUGUGUAUACAACAAUGGCAUAUUUACUGAUAAAGAUUGGAAAGGUAUUGCUGCCAUACAGUGUAGUCAAAAAGAAAAGGAACCUUUGAAAGUUGGUAGAUUUGGAUUAGGAUUUAAAUCUGUUUUCCACUUAACAGAUUUUCCAUUGAUACUAAGUGGGGACAAGGUAAUGGUGAUGAACCCAUUAGCCAGUGUAUCAAAGGUAGUAUUUAGUAAGAAGCUUUGCAAGAUCGACAAAGAUUCUCAGAGGACAAUAUUAAAGUUGAUAGGCGAUAAGUUUGGAUUUUCAAGGCUCUGUUUCAAAGAUGGAUACCAGGGUACAUUGUUUUGGUUCCCAUUGCGAACAGAACCUUCGAAACUGUCCCGUGAUACGUAUACAUAUGAGAAAAUUCAAGACAUAUUUCAUGGAUUUAAAGAUUUGGCACCAUCUAUUCUAUUGUUUUUAAAGAAAAUUGAAUUUAUAGAAGUGUUUGAAGAAUCAGAGAAUGAUUUGAUUUAUCGAGUACAGAUAUCUGCCAAGAAAGAAGAGGACAUUCAUCAUAUUCGUGAGCAGAGAGGAGAUUUUUUACACCAAGUUGUAGAAUUGAAUGGGAAAUUGGCUAAUGAAUAUCUUUUCCAUUAUAUGAAACUUUCUAUUAAAUGUGAAGGGAAGAAAUGGUUAUCAGAAGAAACAAAUACAAAAGAUUGGAUUGUGGUAAAUCAUUAUCAUGGAGGAUCUGUAAGUGAUGGUCUACAGAGAUUAAUAGAUGAUGAAGAAUGGUCUUAUAGUCCAUAUGUCAGUGUAGCAGGAUGCUUAUCAAAUUGUGAUGAACAGUUUAAAGGACACAUAUAUUGCUUUUUACCACUACCGUUAGAACGCACUAGCCCUACUGGCUUGCCAGUUCAUAUCAAUGGGUUCUUUGCUUUGAGCCAAGAUCGUCAUCAUAUUAAAUGGAUGUCAUCAGAAGAGGAAAAUCGGACUGGUCACUCAGAAAAUGCUGUAGAAUGGAACAAAAUUUUGGCUACGGAAAUCUUGCCCAUGGUAUAUUCAGAAUUGCUAACAUAUUUGACUAAAGCUGGUAUUGACACGAAUACAAUAUAUAAAUUGUUUCCUAAACCCGAAUUGAUUACUGAAAACUGGAAGAUAUUUAUCAAACCACUUUUUAAACAACUCUACGAGAAAAACAUCAUCUUUACCAAGGCUUCUGGUGGAAAAUGGAUUAAACCUAAAGAAGCUACUGUGUUGGUAAAGGAAGAAUAUCCAGAUACUACUUUAAAGGUUAUAGAAGAUGUAUAUUUAUUAAAGAAAACGAAUGUAGCUUGUCUUCCAGAUGUUUUUGUGGAAUCUUUAAAGUCACAUGGCCGGAUUGAAGUAUCUGAUUCGUCAUGUUUACAUUCUUUUUUGAUUAAUCAUGAUGAUAUAUUUGAAUUGAUGGACAUCAAUCAGAAGAUGAAACUACUAGAAUAUUUCAUAUCUAAUGAUAUCGAAAAACUGCAAGAUCUGAAGAUAUUGCCAUUAGCUAAUGGUGAAUUUAAUAUAUUUGAUGCUGAAGAAGAGACUGUAUUCUUGUGUGAAGCAGAGAGUUUGAAAUUAUUCCCGGGAAUGGAAUCAAGGUUUCUGCUAGAUAUAUCUCAAAAACUGAUAGAUCGGUUCCAAGUUAAACAACUAAUGUCUGAGCAUAUUCCAGAAUUACUCCAAGAAUGUAUAGAGAUUAACAGUUUCAGGCAUAAAGAGAUCACACCACAAAUUACUGAUUGGUUGAAUGUCGUAUGGAAAUAUAUACACAAAAAUGAGGAUGUUUUCCAGUUAUCAUGGAUUUCACAUUUACAUUUACUACCAUUUCAUAAAGAAAACAAACUCAUCCAAGUUGAUUCAGUGUCUAUUUUGAGUUCAAGAAAAAACAUGGACACUUUAGAUCCACAGUUAUCGAAUUCUCUUGAAAACCUUGGUGUAAAGAUUAUCACCUCACUCUCUAAUACAAUAUCAGCACUAGUGGAGGGUAAAUUUGUACAGUAUCCUACAACUGAAGAAUCAGAUGAAACAUCGGAUGAAGAUUUCUGUGAAAUUGAAUUGCCACCAAUCAUAGAUCAAUUGAAACGUCUACUAGAACAAUAUUCAGAUGGACAGAUUAUUAAGGCACCUGCUCUAUGUGUAUACAACAAUGGUAUAUUUACUGAUAAAGAUUGGAGAGGUAUUGCUGCCAUACAGUGUAGUCAAAAAGAAAAAGAACCCUUGAAAGUUGGUAGAUUUGGAUUAGGAUUUAAGUCUGUUUUCCACUUAACAGAUUUUCCAUUGAUAAUAAGUGGAGACAAGGUAAUGGUGAUGAACCCAUUAGCCAGUGUAUCAAAGGUGGUAUUUAAAAGAAAGCUUUGCAAGAUCGACAGCGAUUCCCAGGAGGCAAUGCUAAAAUUGAUAGGCGAUAAGUUUGGAUUUUCAAAGCUCUGUUUCAAAGACGGAUACCAGGGUACAUUGUUUUGGUUCCCAUUGCGAACAGAACCUUCGAAACUGUCCCGUGAUACUUAUACAUAUGAGAAAAUUCAAGACAUAUUUCGUGGAUUUAAAGAUUUGGCACCAUCUAUUCUAUUGUUUUUAAAGAAAAUUGAAUUUAUAGAAGUGUUUGAAGAAUCAGAGAAUGAUUUGAUUUAUCGAGUACAGAUAUCUGUCGAGGAAGGUGAGGACCUUCGUCAUAUUCAUGAUCAGAAAGGAAAUUUUUUACACCAAGUUGAAGAAUUGAAUGGGAAAUUAGCUAAUGAAUAUCUUUUCCAUUAUAUGAAACUUUCUAUUAAAUGUGAAGGGAAGAAAUGGUUAUCAGAAGAAACAAAUACAAAAGAUUGGAUUGUGGUAAAUCAUUAUCAUGGAGGAUCUGUAAGUAAUGGUCUACAGAGAUUAAUAGAUGAUGAAGAAUGGUCUUAUAGUCCAUAUGUCAGUGUAGCAUGA